UUCCUAUGAAUUUUAAUGGUGAUCAUAUGGAAAUAUAAUGUAAAUAUGAUCAAAGUGGCUCUGCUGUUUAUAUAAGAAGUUCUGUACUUUUUUCUCUAUAUUUAUUGGGUUAUAUAACGGUAACAGAGCCUCCUGACCUCCGAAGAAAUAUGUGUACGAUCUCUGCCGUUGGUCAAAAAGCCUUGAAGGCCAAACUCUGGGUACAAAUGACAGUGGGAAAAUGUGUGUUGCAUAAAACAGCUGAUUCUCAAUCUAUGAAUAAUUUUCUGUGACUGUAGAUUAUUUUAAUCCAUUGAUGUCUCUUAACUGUCUCAUAAAGUCUAAUCUUAACAUCGCCAUCCUUCAACAGACGUCAUAUAAUUAAAGAAUAAUGUGAAUUCCCACAAUGGGAGCCUUUUUAGCUCUUUUGCUGCAGAAACUCUGACCCUCAGAUCUUCGACUGCUCUGUAACAGCCUUCGCUUCAGGGCUGCGCCGUAACUGUUGUGAUUUUCAGAUCUUGCCUGCUGGGACUCAAACCACGGCAUCACACGCUCUCCUCUCCAAACACUCGGUCACAAGGUAGCUUUCCCCACCGGCUUGUCUGCUGCCUGCCUGCUGUUUACCCAGAGCGGUGUGUUGACAUGGGAACGUGGUGGAGGUGCUGAUGGCUGCGCUCAUGUUAACGUGUCUUACAAGAUGCCAGACAGCCCAGCGUUCGGCCUCAUAACUCUGGCAGAUGUGGCACCUCUGACCCUUAACCUGUAAAAUAAAUGCAAAAACAGAGAUGUAAACAUGGCGGCUAAUGGCCUUCCUACCCUCCUCGACGCUCACCAUAUGGUAACAAAAAAAACAAACAGUGUCUGAAUGGCGUCGCUGUUCCCAACCGACAGCCGGCCUGGAAGGGAGAGACGUGGCGGUGACCCCUCCGGUUCCCUCUGAACCAAAUAUCACAGGAGAUGCUUUGGUUUGAUGUGGUGAAUCAGCAGACAACGCAGUUGGGUGAUGACGCACACAGUUAUUCAUUCGGUGCUUUAUUUGUUGUUUUGGUAUUUUAGUUUUAUGGUUUCAUUAAAAAAAAAAAAAAAAGAAAUAGACCUAGAUUCAGUGUUUCCUGCGGGGAUAUGAGAGUCCUACAGAAGCAAAUAGUGACAGAAUAAAUACAAUUCAAAAACAAGAUUAUAAUGGUGUUAUGUGAACAUAUGCAGCUAUACAGCUCCCUUCCAUAUUGUACCCCACUAGUGUUUUGAUAUUUGUCUGCUUUUGACCUAAAUCUGAUGAUUUCUAACAGUGUGACAUGCGAAAAGCUGCACUCAGAGGUUUUCCAUUUUCUAUCUGGACUUCUGUGAUACGUGCAGGUAUAAUCUGAUGCCAUGACAUAGCAGAUACUGCAGCGUGUAUUUAAAAGAUAAAAUCUGUUUAUUUCUCCGUUGCCAUGUCAACUAAAUACUGAAGUUAAUUUGCAAUGCAGUCAUAAUUUUGGAAAUCUGACUGAGUCAGCGUGUUAGCAUGAAGGACAACAAGACGACAAGGGACAGCAGGAUGUAUAUAGUUUAUAAUAAAUAUGAAAUAUCAUCCAUAAACAGAAACAGUAUAAAGAGCUUUUUAAGCCAGAUACAUGUACCUACUUACUGUGUAUAUAUCUGGGCCCAUUAUGUAGUUAGGGUUAGCUUAAAGAGGCAGUUCACCUGAAUGACAAACAUUUUCCCACUAGCCUCUAGUAGGGCUGUCACGCUUUCAAAAAGAACAAAUACGAACUAACACGUAAUUUGUUUGAAUUAAUUCGAGCGCGACCCAUAAAGCGUACGCCCCCCACUGGUUUCCGCUGCCUCCGCUACCUCACUUGGGUGGCAGCUAGCAGGUGAGCCGUCAGAUUUGUUGUUGUAGAGCAACAGCAGCAGCAGCUUUUUACAAAGUCGGUAAACCGUCUUAUCUUUGUUGGCAUAUUUGCACUCCGCUUCUCAGAUGCUUCGGUGUCGCGAUUAUCCGAUCAGCACGACUUUGCCGGCUGGUGUCCUCCUCCGUUAUUAUUUAUUAGCUUAGUUUACUGAUAGGUCAGCAGGGCAUGCAGUAGGUCGAGCUGAUAGUGUCUGUCAAACAGUCUGUUGCGCUUAUAGAUUUUGAAUUUGAACAGGUCAUUACAGUUCAAAUAAGUUUAAUUUCACAUUUGAACAAAGAUUCGAAUUUUGAAUAAAAAGUGACAACCCUAGCCUCUAGUGGCAUCUAGUUUCAGUUUCUUUGAGUUGAGACUUCUGCCUCCACACCAAUACAAUGGAGGUAAAUGGAAUUUUGUCUGUGGUGCUCCAAAUACCGAAGUAUUAUUAUUAUUAUUAUUUUUUUUAAAUACAACAGCAACACCUCUUUUUAGAGCACAUGUACAUUACCGAGUUUCCAGCGCCACCUUUUUCAGUUCCAGUGAAAAAGAUCUCAUUCAGAUCUGUGGGUUGUCUAGAGUAGGACACAGUUUUGUUAAUAUAUAUUUCCAUUGACCCAAAGUGAUCUGCAUGAGGAGACAGUACAAGGAACGAGGUAGAAAAAUAUGUGUUUGUGUAAUUUGGGUGUACUGACCCUUUUUAAUAGUUUUAUCUACCACUGCAGCCCUGGCCUUGUUGUGCUGGUUUUGUUGCACCCUGACAGUCACUGCAGGUGGCGUCUGGCUGAUCCUGCUGCAUUUUAACAAGCUGUGUGUGUGUGUGUGUGUGUGUGUGUGUGUGUGUGUGUUUGUGGACUGCUGCAGAUCUGCAUCUUUUUCCAGUCUUGUCCUUUCCAUCACGCCUUUAACGGCUCAAUCAUAUAUCCUCUCUUCCAUCUUUUAUCUUCCUUCCAUCUUUUUGUCUCUCCUUUCAUUGGAUAAAAGAUUAGCCUCACUUUAUUCUCCUGUGAUUUGUGUGUGUAUGAACACCCCCCCCGCUGUGUCUCUGAACACGUGUGUGUGUGUGUGUGUGUGUGUGCUGUGUCAUUGCAUUUGCACGGGUACACUUCAUACGUGAGGGAAGCCUGCUGGGGAGGGUGGGUGUGUGUGUGUGCACAUGGGUGGGCGUGAACAGUCUCUGUGGAGAUGGAAACCUGCUUAAUGCUCAUUGGCUAACGGAGGGGGAGGGGCUUCCUUCGAGGAGCGGUGAGAGGGUCUACGGAGACGAGGACGGAGGGGUGCAGAGACACGGGGCACGUACAGUUACAGAAACAGUGAGGAAGAACCCGAGGAAGAUGGAGAGGAAAUACAGCAGAGAGGAAGUCAGCCGGCUGCUUCUGAGCCUCACUGGAAGCUUCACGGAGAAGAGAUCCUGGUGACAUUAUCCAUCACCUCUGGAUGCUCGCCUGCCUGCGCUCGUCUGUCCCCGGGACCCCCCUGUCCACGGACCGCGGAUGAGGCCGCCACUUCCAGAUCCGACGCCGUUUGUUUGGACUCUCUUGCUGUUGUUUGCUGAGACAGCCGUCACUGUCAGCGCGGAGGAGUGUUAACAUCGGAGCUGCCGGGAAUUUCGGCAUUGUUUUUCCCUCCCUUUUCCUUUGCUGGAUUUUUUGGUGGCUGCGUGCCGGAGCAGAGUGCUUACCUCAGGAUUUGCAGUCAAGGGGGGAUAUGAUAAACAGCUGCGAGGGGAGGACGGUUUGCACUGCAGCAUCAGACUGGCAUCUCUUGUUCUACGUUGGGGAUUUUUUUCUCGAGGUUGCACACAUGCACAUAUUUCACACCCAGCAGCAGCAGCGGAGCUCGGCUGUGUUUCGCAUACACAGAUGGAUUACUGCUACUUUAAGGACCUGCCCGCUGAGGGGGAAGAGAUGCUGAUUUAAGAAGAACAGGAGACGCGCUUUGUUUUUGGAGCAGAAGACGGGACGAGCAACUUUAGGAUUAGAAAAAAAAAAAGAGACUUGGAUGACAGGAUGACCGCUGCGUUGAGCUGAAACCGCCCCCCUCCUGCUCCCUCCAGUCCAAACAUGAACUCUUCCUCCGAUGCGAACCAAAGCAGCUCUCCCCCGUUCUGCCUGCUGGGCGCCGUGGGUUACUCCCACAGCCUGGAUACCUGCGUGCUGGAGGUGGUCGUCAUCCUCUUCCUCACCGUGCUCAUCAUCGCCGGCAACCUGGUGGUGAUCUUCGUCUUCCACUGCGCCCCACUGCUGCACCACCACACCACCAGCCACUUUAUCCAGACCAUGGCCUAUGCCGACCUGCUGGUGGGCGUCAGCUGCCUGGUGCCCUCGCUGUCCCUCCUCCACUACCUCCGAGGCCUGAAUGAGGAGCUCACCUGUAAGGUGUUUGGCUAUAUGGUUUCUGUGCUGAAGAGCGUCUCCAUGGCUUCGCUGGCGUGCAUCAGCGUGGACCGCUACAUCGCCAUCACCCGGCCUCUGUCGUACGCCACGCUAGUGACGCCAUGCCGGCUGAGGGUGUGCAUCGUCCUAAUCUGGGUUUACUCUGCUGUGAUCUUUUUGCCGUCCUUCUUCGGCUGGGGGAAGCCCGGUUACCACGGGGACAUAUUUCAGUGGUGCGCAGACUCCUGGAAGACCAACCCAGGGUUCAGCACCUUCAUUGUGGGGCUGCUCUACGCCCCAGCAGCUCUCACCGUCUGCUUCACCUACGGGAGUAUAUUCAAGAUCUGCCGGCAGCACACGAAGGAGAUCACCCAGCGCCACGCCCGCUUCAGCUCACAGACUGAGGGUGAUAAAGGCGAGCGGUGCGAGGGCUGCCCAGACAAACGCUACGCCAUGGUGCUGUUCCGCAUCACCAGCGUCUUCUAUGUGCUGUGGAUGCCGUACAUCCUCUACUUCCUCCUGGAGAGCGCUGGGCUAUAUCACCACAAGGUGGCGUCCUUCCUCACAACAUGGUUAGCGAUUAGCAACAGCUUCUGUAACUGUCUCAUCUACAGCCUCUCCAACAGUGUCUUCCGGAAAGGUCUCGGCCGCCUCUUUAGCCCGUUGUUCCCUUCCUGCCUCGGCUGCACAGAUGCCAAGAAGGCUCCAGCUCCGGUCAGCCCGCGACCAGACCCCUGAUGCCAAGUAUGAGCCCUAACGACGAUGGAUUUGCUUCGGUCACAUUGGAGGCAUCGGCCCUCCUGUGUGUUUUGCUCUCAGCUGUGUAGCAUGACACAGGUCUUUUUGGUCCCGCAGUGAAGUGUGUUGAGGACCCCCCUGCACUGAGCACGGAGAGGUGCCUGUGCAGAUGCCUGUCGGUCGUCUCAAAGGCUGAUUUUGUGGAAAAGGGAGUCUGUGAAAUUCCUUCUGGGUCUUUCUCAAAUGCUCUUCGGUGUGAUGCUGCUCUUUCACGGCUGCAAGGAUCACAAGCUGGCAACACCGAGUAAAGUCUUAUAUUGAUGAAGAAAGUGGACUGUAGGAAUAAGAUUCAUGUCACUUCUUAGGAUUUAAUAAACUUCUGCCUGCACUGACUUAAGAACUCCCAGAUGCAAAAAAUUAAAACACAACACGACUUGUGUUGUGCAGUCCACUGAAAUGCAAAUAAUAUAUUUUAAAUCUUUUCAAGCCUGACUGAAAAAUCUGCAAAUUGUCUUGGUUCUUUCAGGGUAGAAGUAGGUGAUUCAAAAAAAGGUUGAAACAGACUACUGAUCUGUUUUCCUUAGGGAACUCCAGAUGCUAAUGAGUUAAUGGCUGAAUGAAAAAAAUAUUUACCAAGAAAUAAUCUGAUUAUCAGCCUGUGUGUGUGUGUGUGUGAGUUAAAAAUGUGUAUCGGAUGGACCUUAAGCUCAUUUCCCAGAGAGAAGAUUGAGGUUUAUUUAGGAGCUCAUGUGUGUUUUAUGAAAAGGAUUCCUCUCUAUUGAAGUUGGGUGUUAGUGGGAAGCUCCAAGUAUGUUUACACAGUCCCGGGUUUCACAUGAAAAUGUUGAUUUAAGAAUAAGCUUUACUUUCUAAGAUGGCCGCUGACCCGGGAAGUUUUUCUGCCAGCAGACACUGGCGUAUCCUCGCCAAUAAAUAAAUUGUAUCUAUUUGGAGAGUUUUAUUCUCUGUUUGCGUUUCCUCCUCAGGUUUAUCAGCAGUUCUUUAAGCCUCUGGGCUGUUGAUCUCAGCUGAAAAGAUACAUGACUUGUAAAUCACAAGCCAUGUAGCGCCAUAAGAUAAUCACGUCCUGACUUGUUGUGCAGUCAAUUUCAGUGUUGAUAAUAAAUCUGCUGUUAGCCGGGAUCCACAUGGCCUCGAUGCAAAGACAAACUUCAUUGUAAUCUGUAACUUUAUUGCUCGUGUCUCUCUUUUUAGCCUUCAGGCAGCUGAUAGCUGUUUUAUUUCAUCUUUAUUUAAUCAGGCAGAAUCAAACAGAAUCAACACAACUACACAAGAAUCAUAAAAAAAACAUCAGAUAAUAAAAUCUCCAAGGGGAAUGUAAGACAGUUCAUUCCUUUUAAAAGGUGCAAUAUUGCAUUAGUGCGUACAUGAGGGAUAUCUAAGGUUCGGUAGUUACUGGAUCGUGUGCUGUAGUUACUAGAUUUAAAGAGAAGAGAUGUGAGGUAGUUUGGACGCUUCAACAGUAGAGCUUUAUAGAUGAAUAACAUGAAAUGUCUUGACUGUAAGGAAGUCCAUCCAAAACAUGUGAUACAGAGAACAAUGAAGUUAUGAAAUUUACCAUUUGUGAUAAAGCGUGAAGCACUGUGAUACCCAGGAUUUAACUGCUAAAGUAUUGUUUGGGGCAGCAUGAUAAUACAGAAUAUCUCCAUAGUCGAGGACAGACAUGAAGGUUGACUGCACAAUAGUUUUACAGUUGGAAGAAGACAGAUUUCCUUUAAUUCUAUAUAAAAAGCCUAGUUUGAUUUUAAAUUUUUGAGUCAAAUGUUGAAUGCGAUCUUGAAUGAAGCCAAAUUUCUGUAUGGGUGCCAUGUAAAGUUGUAAUCAACAUCAGUGUAAAGUGGAAGAGAAGUGUUAUCGCUGUGCAUCACAAGCCCAACCUCAGAGUGUAAGAGGGUCAGAGCACUUUUCUGAGAGCCAGGGACAGCUUGUGGCCUUUUUGGCUUCAUGUCAAUACACUCCGGAGUUUAAAUAUUUAAACAGUGGCUAACUGUGCUCUUCUGGGGAUUUUUGGCAGUCCCUGAUGUAAAGUAGACCUCCAGGAUUACAAAUGAUUUUGUGGAUAAAGUGUUAUGUUUUAUAAGAUAACUUAUUUGUCACAGCCAAGUGGUCUGACAUGCUGCACUUGAGACUGAACCUGUUUUUUUUGUUGUUGUUUUUUACAGUGUUGAGAAGAAGGAAAAGUGUUUCUCUAUAUGCUACAGGAAGAUUUAAGAUGUAGAGUUUGGUUUUAAAGUCACAAUUAAAUGGCAUUUCUGAGAGCGUCUUGCUCCUGAAUUUGACAUUUGUGGUUGAAAAUGAAGGGGAAACAAAAAAGAAAGAAACUGUAUGGGAGGAUUGUUUAAAAAUACAAACAUUAUAACACUAUAUGGCCAAUGGUAGACCACAUACUUAUGUGUACUUUUUGCCUGGGGCUGUUUUCAAUGAGGGGAAAUUUCAAUGCAACUGCAUACAAUGGUAUUUUCAAAGGCAAAGGAAAAAUCAGAAUUGAUAUGUUUUAUUACUGUUUUAUCUAAAAAAACAUUAUAGAACUGUAUAUUUUCUGUAAAAACAGCAUGCAACAGUUGCAGUAAACUACAAAACUAAACUAAAAACCGAACCACAGUUGCUGCACUCUGGUCUUGUAAUUUGUAGUGUAUUUUAUUUAUUUAUUGGUUUAUUUAACAGGGAUACACAUUGCUGUAAACAAGCCAGAAUUAGCCAAAAGGCUAAAGAACCUGCUGUCCCAUUUCCCGUACUCUCUGUCACAGAGAGAGAGCUAAAUCAAGCUCAAACAAGCUAGCCACAGCUAGCCUUAGCUAAAGCUACAUUUCCCCCUCAACUAUUAUGUGUAAAUGACAAAUGACAUUUUUUGAUGAACUGAUAUCUUGAUGAUAUUAUUUUGUUAGCCCAUAUAACUGCGACACUAGCUAAAUUCAGCCAUGAUGGAGAAUAAGUAAGUUGUCAGUUGUCAUUGACUUGUAGAUGUUCAAAUUAAUGUCCGCAAAUGAAUUUUAAUUUUAAAGGAGCCAUGUUUUAUUUCAUUGUGACUUUAAAAGCAGCUGUUGCUGUAAGGUGAUGAGGAAUUGUUUAUUUUUAUUUUUUAUUUUUUGCAUUUCCCCUCUAGAGAAACCACAUUUCUCCACAGGGGUUCAGGGGUCAGAGGUCAGAAUAAAGUUAGUGUUCGCAGUUUAACUGUAGGACAUUAUAUAACAUUUUUCUAUGUAACGGUAUGUGUUAUGUAUACAGUAUCUGCUAUGAAAAUGUAAUUUCCUGCAAAGUGCUGACAUGUUUGAUUCCUGCUCGAUUCGUUGUGAAAGAUACUCCACCGACAGACUUUUAACUGCAUGAUUCUGGUUCAGUCUGAAUCGAUGUUCCUGUCUCAUGAUGCUACUGAGAGCAAUUCACUGACUGUACUCCUUGUCUUCGUAUCCUAACUAAUGUUGUGUAACACAGAUGGCUUAUCAUAUUUUUUAAUGAGGGCCAAGAGAUCCUGUUUGCUGUGGUUCAUGUCAGAAAAUACGAAUGACCUGCAGAAAACCUUCUGGCAUGCCCGUGAACUUCUCCUGUCGCUGCUGUCGGGACGAAAUUGACGCAAAUCUGCAAAAAGUGAAGUUUUGUAAGGAGCUUAAAACAACAAAAACAAUUUUAUUUUGACGUCAUGCCAUCAGAGUUUGACAAGUUUCAAGAGGUAAAGCAUCAAAGGUCUCAAUUAACGUGCAAAGACUGUAAACACAGUUUUGUGUUAUUUUCCCUCGACAGCAGUGCGAUGCUGCUCAACAGUGGGAGUCAGUGCAAUACAGCAUGCUGGCUUUUCCUCAAGCCACAACAAAUCAGUAAUAGUAGAAGAAAAAUCUGAAUGAAAGGGCUUUUAUUACCUUAACUUUGGUUGAGCCGUUUGCUAUUCAGCAUGUGAUCUGAACUUCAGAUUAUUGUAAUUGUGUGAUUAAAAUUAGAUAAUUUGA